AUGAUCCAAUCUGCCAAUGACCGCUGUCCGAAAGAUAUUCGAAUUGAGAAUAAACAGGGAAGAUUAAAUUACUGCUGUUAUUGUUCUGCUCGUAGUGGUGAUACUGUUGUUGAUGUGCCAGUGGUGCCACUCAAUGUCCCUCGGUGCUUGCUGCCGUUGAAAUGCGCUCUUUCACCAGACACUUCCAGACACAGCCUGACACGCAUGUCAUUCGAGUUGUAUUGA